AUGGCUUCCCCGGAACCACCUCAGUUCGUUAUCUCUGGAGCCCACCAACUCGACGAUGCCGGAAAGAGGAUUUUCGACAACCUCAUUGCUUGGAUGCUACUAUACAACGACCCCGGACGACCGAAUUUCAAGCUAACCAUUGGAGGUUUCAGACCGAUGCCAGAGAUUGAUGGUGCCAUCCGCGACAACUUCUGGAAGAGAGUCUUUGCUGGUGGCUGGGCCACCGACAAGCCCAAUAUUUUGGAGCCUAGGUCGAAUAUGAAGGGAGAAUUGCCUCGCCGCAUGGUCAAGCACGCCAACGUUGGCGAGUUAUCAGAUACCAUAGAGUAUGACGAAACAAAAUCCACGUAUCAGAGCACCGAUAUUCUCGUGGCAGCCAAACCGGAUGUCCAGAACGACUUGGUAGACUUCGCGUACUCUUACCAAAGCGGCUCAGUCUUCUCGGCCUGUAAGAAGAGGCCCGUUUUCAAGAAAGACAGCAUGAACCAGCCCUCCCAAGUUCUAAAAGACAAAGCCGAAGCCAUACGCCUUUGGGACGAAGCUCAGAUGGAAUGGCUUGGUGAAUGGAAUUACGAGAGAGCAAUAUUCGCGGCCCGACGCCAUCUAGUUGAUCUGGCUGGCUACUAUGGUGGGGAUGACAACGGUGUCCUCUGUUGUGGAGAGCGUCAUCCGAUGGAGAGUCUAGCUGGGAUACAGGACGAAGAAACCAGACUCUUCAUCUUGAUCCAAUCGAGCCGCGAAAUUCUGAAGAGGACGAGGCUCAGACUGCUCGAUAAGAUUGCUUCGUUUCGUGGUGAAAAGGGCGAGGAUGAAACGGGAGGCACCAGGAGGAUAGCCUAUGGUUUCACAAAUGAGUCAAAGGAGUCUGACGAGAACUCAGAAGAGUUGACCAGUCAGCUUCAGUGUAUCAAAGAGUUGGCAGACACGACUGAGCUCCUGGUCGAAGUCGUGAAAUGUCCUCCGCCCAACAUUUGGUAG